AUGCCAACAAAUCAAGAGCCAAUUCCUGAAUCGCCUGAUAUUGGUGAAAACCCCCCACCGUCCACAAUGGAGGGCCAGAAACCCGCUGAACUACCCAUGCCUCCUUCCGAACCAUUAGUCACCCGUCUUACCAGCUGCUGUAUCCGCGCGCUCCCAGUUGAUUGUAGUCCAACCCAGCGUCGGCAUCUUGGUAGAUUCAGAUUGUGGAUCGACGAGUAUGACACACCCCGUGGUCAGCUAGACAAAAUCCUCAAAGAAUCACCAAUCCUACGGGAGGCCACAGUCACCCUUCUGGCAGAUCUUUGCAGCAUCCUUACUACUCCAGCCUCACACCCCAAUGGUGAUUAUUCGAUCUCUCCCUAACCCCCUCCCCAUUCUCUGAUACUAAUACUCAACCAUUUUUGCCCCAGAUACCCUACUCAAUGAACGCCAAUCUGUACUCCAAGACGCCCGCACGAUGUACUCAGGGAUCAGCCAGCUAUUGCCUGACAAUAACUCCGACAGUGGCGGCGAAGAGGAUGAGAUUGAAGCCAUUGUCGACUCCUUGUUUAAUCUUUCGCCAUUGCUGGUCGAUAUUCUUGAGAAUCUCUCGGGGAAUACACAAACAGGUGCCAGUAGUGAUAAUACAACCGCAGCCCCAAAGGUGACCCAGAGAUUCAACAGCUCGGGUUAUGUCCUACUAUUGGUCAUCUUUUCCUUUCUUCUUGUUAGCUGUUUGAUGCACCUUUUUCUGAUGGAAGUUUAUGCUAGACGGUUACUGGUGGUACUUGGAGGCUUUAGACGGGCUUGGUUUGGCUAAAGACUGCUUUAUAAAGCAAACAUUUUCUUAUCCUUUGACCUACGUUAGUCACACCACCUUGCCCUAUAUAUUUGAUUCAAUCUUCCUCUACUCUCUCUCUCUCUCUCUCUCCUACCAGUAUAUCCAACCCGUCGGCCCCAAUUUUAUUUCCACU